GAUGGGCGAGGUGGAGGUCUCCGCCCGGGCCUAUGCCAAGAUGUGCCUCCACGCCGCCCGGCACCCCCACGCCGCCGUCAAUGGGCUGCUCCUGGGGCUCCGGGCCCCCGCGUGUCUGUUCCUCACCGACUGCGUCCCCCUCUUCCACAGCAACUUGGCUCUCAGCGUCAUGCUGGAGGUGGCGCUCAACCAGGUUGAUCUGUGGGCGUCCUGCUCUAAUCUGCUGGUGGCUGGGUACUACCAGGCCAAUGCCGGGCUGGACGACAUGAGCCCCACCCCCCUGGCUCUGAAGAUGGCUGGACGCCUGGCCGAGUUCUCUGAGGGUGCUGUAUUGAUCAUGCUGGAUAACCAGAAACUGACCCUGAACCCCCGCGUGCCCCCCAUCAUUGUGCUGGAGCAGCGGGAUCGGCACUGGCUCCCCAAGGACAAGAACCUAGUCAUGUGGCGCGACUGGGAAUCCUCCCGCCACAUUUGCAAGUCCCUGCUGGAGGCUAAAGCUCACACCCAAUUGGUUGACUUCGAUGCUCACCUUGAUGACAUCAGACAAGACUGGACCAAUCAGCACCUCAACACCGAGAUCGCCCGGCUGGUGUCUGUCGCCAACGGCAGCGCCUGAGGGACCCUAUUGGCUGGCCUAGGGAAACCGGGGCUGUAUUCUGAUUGGACUGCUUGGAACAAUGGCACAACCCCAUUGGCUGGCCCCAGUAAAGACUCAACGGACUUUCA